UUGACAAGCACCCCGAUGACUCCAUGGUUCUCAGGUUUGAGAACACUGACACGGGGAUCCUCAGAUGGGGAAACUGAGGCCCAGAGGGGUGAGCCUGGGUCUUUCCUGAGGGCUGGGCUCGGGGACCAGGCCGGGCCUGUGACUGACGCCCUCCGGAACUUCCUGUCUUUCAGAGCCGUGGGCAAGACCUGCCUCCUCAUCAGCUACACCACCAAUGCCUUCCCAGGAGAGUACAUCCCCACCGUCUUCGACAACUACUCGGCCAACGUGAUGGUGGACGGGAAGCCGGUGAACCUGGGGCUGUGGGACACGGCCGGGCAGGAAGACUACGACCGGCUGCGGCCGCUCUCCUACCCGCAAACCGACGUCUUCCUGAUCUGCUUCUCCUUGGUGAGCCCGGCCUCCUUCGAGAACGUCCGAGCCAAGUGGUACCCGGAGGUGCGGCACCACUGCCCCCACACGCCCAUCCUCCUGGUGGGCACCAAGCUGGACCUCCGAGACGACAAAGACACCAUCGAGCGGCUGCGGGACAAGAAGCUGGCGCCCAUCACCUACCCGCAGGGCCUGGCCAUGGCCCGGGAGAUCGGCUCAGUCAAGUACCUGGAGUGCUCGGCCCUGACUCAGCGCGGCCUGAAGACAGUGUUCGACGAGGCCAUCCGGGCAGUGCUGUGCCCGCCCCCGGUCAAGAAGCCGGGGAAGAAGUGCACCGUCUUCUAGCCCAGCCCGGGGACGGCCCCACCCCUGCCGUGUCUGCUGUCGUGUUGAGCUGUCCUGUGUCAGUCUGUGGGGGGUACAGAGGGUGGGGAAGGGC